CGACUCCUCGUCCAUUGCUCCGCUUACCUGCAAAGCCACUGUACCGACACCUUGCCUGGACUCAUUGCCACUUUCUGCGCGAAGUCGGCUUCUCCCCUCUGGAGUCUUUCCCAGCUUCGUACUCUAGCACCUUUAAAUAGGCUUUGACCCAACCGUGGUCAUAGCGAGGUGCAUUUGUCGAAGCAACAGGAUUACUCCCGCAAAUAUUCGGCACAUGAGUGGAUAUCUUUGGAAAUACUUCCUUGAAGACGAUGUCGAGAACUUCCGUCAUAUCUUGGAGAGUGGCAGCUACAAUGCACGACCGGGGGCACAGAAAGGCCCUCCUGGCUGGCAGGGAGGGAAUCUGGGGGACUCGCUGAACAGUCCGAGCAGCUUGGGAGCUUCACCAACAUUGCAAACCAAGUCGCGGAAAGCUACCGGCACGUUAGCGGUGCCACUAACGAGGGCGGAUAUCAAUAGCAGAGAUGCGACUGGCCUUACUAUCUUGCACCACGCCGCGACAAUAACGUCGGAUAAUGCCAUAGCCUUCGCUCAGGCUCUCUUGGAACAGCCCCUGACGGAUUUGUAUAUUCAGGACCAGGAGAAUGGAUGGACUGCGCUUCACCGAGCCUUCUACUUUGGCAAUAUUGCCAUUGCGCGUAUAAUACUCAACAGGGAUGCGCAGGAUAUCCUUGGAUAUGGGUUAGCUCGAGGGUUGGUGAAGAUCAAGGACAAAGAAGGGAACGGACCCUUGGACCUCUUUUCCAUGACUAUCAAAGAUAGAGUAGUCCGGCCAGAUGAUCCAAGAGUAGCUGGAGAUUCGGACUCGGAUAGCGAUGGAGGUGCUGGCGAGAGUGCGGACAGAAACGAGGACGGCUCCCAUCGAAAAUCCGCUCGGCCGCUCAUCAAUCUCGAAGGUGAUGAGGUCUUCACGUUUGGGAGCAACAAAAACGUCACUCUCGGUUUUGGGGAUGAGGACGAUCGACAAUUUCCGGAGCGCGUCACUAUCAGGAGACCUGACCACCUAGUGCAGAGAUUCUACGCCGAAUCCCGAGAGAAGCAAAUGCAGAAGUGGUCAGCCAUGAAUGUUCCGGUCAAUGAGGCUGCCGCCUCCAGGGGCCCUCCUACGAGAGACACGAUUUCUGAACCGACAUGGGUAGCUCAAAAGUCUGUAACGGAGCUGCCGACAGUCAUUCGGAACACCCCGUUAGUCAUUCAAGACGUACAAAUGUCGAAGCUGCAUACCGCGGUCUUGACUACUGAUCCAGUAUCGAACCUCUAUGUCUGCGGACAUGGGCCAGGUGCUCGCCUUGGGCUCGGACACGAAACAACUAGAUAUCAGUUCACCUGCAUCGAAGGGGGCGGCUUGGGUCAGAAAAAGGUCAUGGCUGUGGCGUUAGGCCAAAAUCAUACUCUGGCUAUUACUGACGACGGAGAGAUUUUUUCUUGGGGUAAUAACGCAUAUGGCCAAUUAGGUUAUAACUUGCCUAAGACUACAACGCUUAUCGACGAAGAUCCAAAAGGGACCUCGCCGCGUCAAAUAUUCGGGCCUCUAAAGAGAGAGCUUGUCAUUGGCGUUGCUGCUUCUCGUGUUCAUUCAGUCGCGCACACGGCAAAUUCGCUAUUCACUUUCGGCAAAAAUGAAGGCCAAUUGGGAAUCACCGGCUCGGACGCGCGAUCCCUUGAAGUUCAAUCCACUCCCCGAAAGAUUGCGGCAUCGCUCUUUUCUUCCAAUAUUAGCUCUGUGUCCGCCAUUGAUGGCGCCACGGUUUGCUUGCUUGAGAACCACGACGUAUGGGUAUUUGCAAACUUUGGGUACUCCAAGCUCUCCUUCGACUUGGAGGGAUUCACGAAUUACUUCUUGAAAAGGAGCUUCCUCACGACAAAUUAUUAUGCGACACCAAAUAGGAUCUGCAAAUUAACCUGUGGCGGCGAUACCAUUUGUGCGUUGUCUACUUCUGGGGAUCUCUUUACUGUCGCCGUCAGCAAGCGAUCUGAGACAAGCCAAGAUACCAGUACUUCCACUACAAAUCCCACCAAGAUUCGUGGAGCUCUUUCUCAACCCUACCGGAUCUGGUCUGCCAAAAAGGGGCAUAUGGUAGCAAGAGAUGUUGCUGUGGACCAAGAUGGAUCGAUCAUCCUGACUACGGAGGCGGGCAGCGUUUGGCGAAGGACCAAGAGGGCGACGAUCAAAGACGCAACCGCCUCUGGAAUCGGAGAUUACAGACCGAAAGAUUACAAGUUCUCUCGAGUCCCAGGUCUUACGCGGGUUACGGCUGUGCGAGCUUCAGCAUUCGGAGCAUAUGCUGCUGUCCGUAGAGACUGUGACGUGACAAGAACGCAAAUUGUCGUUGAUGAGCUCUCCUUAUGGACGGAUGUUGAGCCACUGUUGGCAUUCCGUGCUCUCACCAACUACGAAGAGAACUCAGACGACGAAAACCCCAGUCCUCGAUUUUGGCAACGACCUUCGAAAGUAGUGUCACUUCGGAAGCGCGUGCUUGCAUCAAAGGAUCUCGAAAGUGAGGUUGCAGAUGUAAUCCGCCAAAACAUCAGUGCGGACGAUCGCGAAUAUGACCUUGACAUUGGAACGAGUAGCUCAGAGGUCCGCAUACCUGCCCAUCGGUUCAUGUUUUCAGGUCGUAGUCGCGUAAUACGACAAGCUCUAGCUACAAGGCAAGACUGUGAUGUCGACAUGUUGGAUAUCGCGACCGUUACUCAUGAUCAGAUCACGGGGAAGACUACGGUGUUAUUUCAGGGUGUUGACUUUUUGACGAUCUUUAAUUUGGUUCUGUUCGUCUACACAGACUCCGUUGUCGACUUCUGGCAUGCAGCUCGGUCAUUACCUAAGAUGGCCGUCAGGUUCCGUAAUUCGAGGACUGAGAUUAUGAAGUUAGCCUCUCGGUUAGAAAUUCGACAACUCGAGCGUUCAACACGGCAAAUGAUUACUCCCGUAAAGUCCAUGAAUCUCGACAUGGAGCUUGCUAUCAAGAAUGCUUCUAUCUUCGAAGACGGCGACGUUUUAGUUCAGCUUUCUGACGGCGAUUUGAAAUUACAUUCAGCCAUCAUAUGUCAAAGGUGUCCCUUCUUCCACGGGAUGUUCAAGGGUAGAGCAGGAGGGCAGUGGCUUGCUGGGAGGCGUGAUCUGUUAGCAGGACCGUCAGAUGCGAUCAACGUCGACCUCAAGCAUGUCGACACCCGCGUCUUCUGGCUUGUUGUUCGUCACAUAUACGCCGAUGCCGGGGAAGAACUAUUUGACGACGUCGUCAGUGAUGACUUCAACGACAUUCUCGCUCUGGAUGAGCUUCUUGACCACGUGAUGGAUGUGAUGGGAGUGGCGAACGAACUGAUGCUGGAUCGGCUGUCUCAAGCUUGCCAGAAGGUGGUUGGCCGCUACGUCAAUGCUCGCAAUGUUUGCCAACUUCUAAACGCUAUCGCGCCCAGCUCAGUGACCGAGUUAAAAAAUGCCGGAUUGGAGUAUAUCUGCCUGAGCCUAGAGGCAGUCAUGCAGAACGGCUCCCUUGAUGAACUCGACGAAGAUCUAUUGCUCGAACUCAAUCAAGUAGCCCGUGACAAUCAGCUUGCAUAUUUGCCAUUUGCCAAAAGCGGUAGAGCAGAAGCACUUCUUCUUGAAAAAUACCCCGGCCUUGUUGAACAAGUUGACCGAGCCAGACGGGCUAAGGUUGAUUCCAUCAUCCUUUCCAACAAAUAUAAUCAAGGUGAUAGGCAGAUGUCUGGUUCAUUUAGGGCUCAAAGUCUAGAAGAAUUGUCUACGUCUCCACUUCGACAAAAAAACCGACGAAAAUCUUCCAAAGACAUCAAGUCGGCUUCUUUCACAGGGUCACCUCAGCUCCAACAAGCUGAAGUGGCAAACAUCAACUCGACAGACCGGGGUGAAGGUCAGCUUCAUAGGGCAAAAGGAACUCAUUUCAGGCGGGGGCGCUUGAGCCCAGCUCUCACGCCCAUUUUAAAAGGCAAAAAUUCUCUAACGGAUCUCAUGUUCGAGAUGUCGAGCGAUGAAGAGGACGCACCACCAGAGAAGUCGAAAGGAAAAGAGCCAGGCGAUACUGAUCCGACCUUCUGUCGCCUGGAUGACGAGUUUACGCCUGUAGGAUCUCCAGAAGAACUUUGGGCAAGUGCUAGAAGGAAGUCUCGACUCUCCCCCGACCUAGGUGUUGAAUCGUCAGGCAAUCUUGGCUCUCCCCAAACACCGGCGAUGAAAAGCUCAGAUCGCCCUUGGGGUAGCACACCCUUGAGCACUCCUCGACUCGAUAUGAGAGACAUCAUGGCUCAGACCUCCCCGGCCAGACCAUCUGGUCUAGCGAUCGGGUUGGCAAACGACGAUAUCAAAGAUGGGAAACCUAUUGGUUCAUUUACCUCCAAGAUGUCUCAAAGAGAGCGGAAACGUCUACAACAAGCACAACAGCUCGGACAACCACUGACGCCGCCGGUAAACGACAAGACACAGCAACCUCCGCCUACAAUAUCACCAUGGCGUCCCGUUCACUACGAUAACAACUCCGACCUUAGCGGUAGCCCUGCCUUAGCAACCAACCCUAAUACCAGUCGUACAAACAGUACCCCUCAAAUGACAAUGCGACAAACGAUUGCUAACAGCGGCCAAGCAAAGGGCAAAUCCCCAAUACCGCCUUCGCAAAGUCGAAGCGUAUCGAAUCCUAACAACGUCAUCCCGCCUCCCUCAAGUUCGUCCUCGACGUCAAAUCCCAUAAUACGCCCCCAUUCAAUCCGUCAUAACCCCCUCCCCGCCACUGCACUUUCUGCCGCCUCGCCGUCUCAAUUCCUCGCCUUACAAGACGUUCUGUCUCAGCAACAGGCAGAGAAAGACGCCAUCCGUGAAGCUGCCGCUAAACGCAGCUUGCAGGAGAUCCAGCAAGAACAGGAGUUCCAAGAAUGGUGGGAGCAGGAGAGUAAGCGCGUCAUGCAGGAGGAAGAGGCCCGUCGACUGACUGAAGAGCGUGAGAAAAACGUGCGGGGUAGAGGAGGUGGGAAGAGGGGUGGGAAGAGGGGCGGACGGGGCCGUGGGAAGAAGGACAAGGAGGUUCCUGAGGCGCGGCCUGCUCAGCCAGGGGAGGGAGCUAUUGCGCCACCUACGGCACCUCCUUCAGCGCCGGCCAAGCACAAUGGAGGGCAAGAGACUGCAAAGCCGAAGAGUAGGGGGCCAAGAGGUAGCGGACGAGGUGGAGGGAGGGGUGGGAAGGCGCAGGGCCCGGGAAGGGAGAACAUUGCGCCUCCAGGAGCUGGAGCGGCGAGUUGAGGGUGCGCGCUCACAGCGUUUAUCUCCUUGAGUACAUACAUCGUUGACGUACAUACAUAGCAUAGCUCAGAGCAUUGACUG